AUCCAAACUCUUUCUUUCGCUAUACGAUUGACAACAGCCUUAACAAAAUGUUUACUGCGGUCAAAGAUUUUAUAGGUAAACCUGCACCACCCAACUAUGUUGCUGGUUUGGGACGUGGUGCAACUGGUUUUACCACUCGUUCGGAUAUUGGCCCAGCAAGGGAAUCUACUGAUGCUGGUGGCGUAGAUCCAGCCAAAGCUAUGGGAAGAGAAGGAGAAGAGGACGAUGAACAAUAUCAAGAUCCCGACAAUGAAGUCGGUCUGUUUUCCACUGCACCAUAUGAAGAAGACGACGAAGAAGCUGAUCGAGUAUGGGAUAUGAUCGAUGCUAAAAUGGAUGAAAGACGAAAAGCACGUCGAGAGGCUCGAGAAAGGGAGGAAAUAGCUCGCUUCCGUAAAGAGCGACCAAAGAUUUCAGAACAAUUUGCCGAUCUCAAAAGACAACUCACCACAAUCGACGAAUCAGAAUGGGCUGCCAUUCCUGAAGUAGCUGAUCUAGUGGGUAAAAAUAGAAAAAAAGCUAGUAAGGUACCUGAACGGUUUACACCUUUACCGGAUACGAUGAUUGCAGCAGCAAAGGAAAAGUUAGGCUAUUCGAAUACGACACUAGAUGAUAAAUUAGGUGGCAUCGCUUCUACUGUCGCAGGGGCUAGUAGUAGUGUAGGAGAGGAUGGUUUGAUGACAAACUUUCGAGAAAUUGGUCAAGCAAGAGAUAAAGUGUUAGGUUUAAAAUUGGAUCAAGUUUCGCAUGAUUCAGCGUCAGGAAAGACCACUGUUGAUCCAAAGGGAUACUUAACCGAUUUAAAUAGUGUUGUCAUCAAAAGUGAUGCAGAAAUUGGUGAUAUCAAAAAGGCGCGUCUGUUAUUGAAUUCGGUUAUUACCACCAAUCCUAAACAUGCACCUGGUUGGAUUGCAGCUGCUCGUUUAGAGGAAGUAGCAGGUCGGCCCGUUCACGCUAGAAAUAUUAUUGCUAAAGGUUGCGAGCAAUGUCCCAAAAAUGAGGAUGUGUGGUUAGAAUCAGCACGUUUGAAUACUGUCGACAAUGCCAAGGUUAUUUUAGGUGAUGCCGUACGUCAUCUUCCCCAGUCAGUCAAAAUUUGGUUGAAAGCAGUAUCCCUGGAAACUGAAACCAAGGCGAAGAAAAGGGUAUUACGUAGAGCACUUGAAUUUAUACCUAAUUCAGUUAAAUUAUGGCGCGCUGCUGUUAAUAUGGAAGAAAAUCCCGAAGAUGCUAAAGUUCUGUUAUCACGUGCUGUUGAAUUAGUCCCCCUUAGCGUUGAUCUAUGGUUGGCUUUAGCACGUCUGGAAACCUAUGAAAAUGCUCAGAAGGUUCUCAAUAAAGCGCGUACUACUAUACCCACCAGUCAUGAAAUUUGGAUUGCUGCUGCUCGAUUACAAGAAGAGCAUGGUAAAAUUGAAAUGGUGGAUCGUAUUAUCACACAAGGCGUCAAAGUGCUAGCUCAAGCAGGCGUGGUGCUGGAUCGUGAACAAUGGCUGGAUGAAGCCGAGAAGUGUGAGAAAAAUGGAUCUAUUUCAACGUGUCAAGCUAUUGUACGAGCCACUAUCGGCAGCGGUGUAGAAGAAGAAGAUCGUAAGUCGACUUGGAUGGAGGAUGCAGAAAGUUGUGUGGCUCGUGGUUCAAUUCAAACAGCGCGUGCGAUUUAUGCUCAUGCUUUGAAAGUGUUCCCUGGUAAACCUUCGAUUUGGCAACAAGCUGCUUUUUUGGAAAAGAGCCAUGGUACUGCUCAAUCAUUGGAAGAAUUACUACAACGAGCUGUUAAAUAUUGUCCCCAAGCUGAAGUUUUAUGGCUCAUGGGCGCCAAAGAGAAAUGGUUGGCUGGUGAUGUGGAAAGUGCCCGUGCUAUUCUAGAAGAAGCGUUUCGAGCCAAUCCCAACAGUGAACAAAUUUGGCUUGCAGCAGUCAAAGUGGAAAGCGAAAAUCAUGAAUAUGACCGCGCUCGUAAAUUAUUGGAGCUGGCAAGAAAAGAAUCAGGCACAGAGCGUGUGUGGAUGAAAUCAGCUAUGUUAGAGAGACAGAUGAAGAAUUACGAUCAAUGCCGAACUCUAUUGGAUGAAGCCAUUGACAAAUACCCUACCUUUGAUAAAUUAUGGAUGAUCAAGGGUCAAAUAGAAGUUGAAUCAGCUGGUGAUCUGGUCAAAGCACGCGAAACUUAUAACAAAGCUGUUAAAAGCUGUCCAAAGAGUGUGACAUUAUGGAUCUUACUUGCCCUCGCAGAAGAAAAACUGAAUAUGAUCACAAAAGCGCGUGCUACUUUGGAAAAAGCAAGGUUUAUUAAUCCUAAGACACCUGAACUCUGGGUGCAAGCUAUCAGGAUUGAAAAGCGUAAUAAUAAGAUGAACGUAGCUAAAUCUAUUGCAGCAAAAGCCUUACAAGAAUGCCCUACUUCAGGUGCUAUCUGGACCGAAGUUAUCUUUUUGGAAGCACGACCUCAAAGAAAGGCACGCAGCGUGGAUGCACUAAAGAAAUGUGAGCACGAUCCUAUUGUAGUAACAGCAGUCGCUAGGCUUUUUUGGAUUGAUCGUAAGAUUGAAAAAGCCAGAAAUUGGUUCCAAAAAGCUGUUCAAAUUGAUCCAGAUCAAGGCGAUUCAUUUGCAUGGUGGUACAAAUUCGAACUACAACAUGGAAAUAAAGAGCAGCAAGAUUUAUGUUUGAAACGGUGUGUGGCAGCAGAGCCACACCACGGUGAAUGCUGGCAAACAGUGGCAAAAGACAUGGCAAACAUGGGUAAAAAAACAGAAGACAUUCUGAAACUCAGUGCUGAGAAAUUGGAAUUAGGGAAAUAAUAAUUGCUAUCCAUAUACUGAAAGUAAACAUAAUAACCAUUAAAACCGGCAGUAGAUUACUGCAAUCUGUAUAUA